AUGAUCCCCAGGAAGAGAUCAGCAUAAAUACAGGUGCAGGAGCCCCUCAUGGAGCCCCAGGGUGAGCAGCCCCUACGAGAGCUCCCCCCAGAAGAGUCCCUGCCCAAGGACUUGAGCCUCGAAGCAGCUCCCAGAAUGCACACUCUCUAUGUGGGCCAUCUGAACCCCCAGUUCUCAGUGCCUGUGCUCACGUGUCUGCUGCGAGACACCUUGGAGCGGCUUGAGCUACCCGUGGCACGGGAGCACAUUGAGGUGGUGAAACGGCCACGGAGGGCCUAUGCACUGGUGCAGGUGGCCACCCACAAGGCCACCCUGGCCUCCCUUCCCUGGCGCCUGCAGAUGGCCUCGGAGGAGCACCUCAUCUUCAAGGAGCUGGCAGCCCAUGGGAAGGAGCUGGUGCUGGGUGAGGGCCGGGAUCCCUUCAACCGAAGAGAGGAGAUCAGGGGCCAGGAGCAGCUCUUCCAGGGCGCCUUCCUGGGCAGUGAGACCCGCAACGUGGAGUUCAAGCGGGGUGGCGGCGAGUACCUGAGCCUGGCUUUUAAGCACCACGUGCGGCGCUAUAUGUGUGCCUUCCUCAACAGCGAGGGCGGCAGUCUGCUCGUGGGCAUUGAGGACAGUGGCCUGGUGCAGGGCAUCCGCUGCAGCCACCGUGACGAGGACCGCACACGCCUUCUGGUUGACUCCAUCUUGCAGGCCUUCAAGCCCCAGGUCUUUCCCGACGCCUACACCCUCACCUUCAUCCCGGUGGUUAGCACCUCCGCCACCAGCAUGCCCCUCAAGGUGAUCCGCCUGACCGUGCACACCCCUAAGGCCCAGGGCGAGCCGCAGCUCUACCAGACAGACCAGGGGGAGGUGUUCCUGCGGCGCGAGGGGAGCAUCCAGGGCCCCCUGUCCGCCAGUGCCAUCCAAGAGUGGUGCAGGCAGAAGUGGAUGGUGGAGCUGAGCAAGCUGGAGGAGAAGGUGAAGGUGCUGACAGUGGAGAAGGAGCAGCUCCAGCAGCAGCUGCAGCGGCACUGGCCCAUCUCCUGCACCUGCUGUGUCCUGUGAGGGCCUAGCGGGCAGGACGUUGCUGUGCUUUCCACAGGGACAUGCAGGAAUUUCCUUUUUGAGCCUAAAUCCUGCCAAUAAAAUCCACCUGGGCCACUCAGAGGUGAAUGGGAGCUCCUUUAACACUGCACCUGGGCUGGUCCCAUGGCUUCAACCCUAAGCAGACUCUGGUCUCUGUGGCUAAGAAAUUGCUCUCAGCACUAUCCUCAAGGAAUCUUACUUUCGACAAGAACUUGUAAAACCCUGGCCAAGGCUACCCUAGGGCUGAGCUGUAAGGGAUAGGCUAUCUCCCUAAAAUGCUCAUUUGGCCCACGCUGGGGUCCGUGACUCCAGUUGGCUAGACAGUGCCAGAAAGGAUUUGUCAUCUUGGAGCCCCUUGCAAAUGAUGAGACAUAUUCAGUGACUGUCAUUACAGGGCAAACAGGCCACCCUGCAGCCCCCACCCCUGACUUGCUGGGAACUUGUGUCUG